AUGUCUCUCUCUGUCUACAGUUCUGGGGCCUCCCAGCAGGCUUCAUCUCGCAGUGGGGUGGGGGGCCACCGGCUCAGCCGGUUGUCCAGCACCAGUAGCGGAGGAGGUGGCUUUGGUGGAAACUUUUUUGGCUCUGGUGGCAGUUUCAGUGUUGCAUCUAUGUUUGGUUCCAGCUGUGGCUUUGGGAGCAGCUCCAGGAGUGCCUUUGGAGGAGGGCUGGGCAGUGGUUAUGGAGCAGGACUGGGCAGUGGUUAUGGAGGAGGGCUAGGGAAUGGUUAUGGAGGUGGUCUAGGGAAUGGUUAUGGCGGAGGGCUGGCCAGUGGCUCAAUUGGCAUCCCCUGUAGCAAUGAUGGAGUCCUUCUUUCUGGAUCAGAAAAGGAAACCAUGCAAAACCUCAAUGACAGGUUGGCUUCCUACCUGGCUAAAGUCCGGGCUCUAGAGGAAGCAAACACUGAACUGGAGAACAAAAUUCGAGACUGGUAUGAAACACGUGUGACAGGUGACUCUGGGUCAGGAAAUGAUUAUGAAAAAUAUUACCCAUUAAUUGAAGAUCUUAAGAAUAAGAUUCUUUCAGCCACUAUAGAGAAUUCUCGGCUCAUUUUGCAGAUUGACAAUGCAAGGCUGGCGGCUGAUGAUUUUAGAAUGAAGUACGAGAAUGAGCAAGCCCUGCGCCAGAAUGUUGAAGCUGACAUCAAUGGCCUGCGCAGGGUGCUGGAUGAAUUGACCCUGGCCAGGGCUGACCUGGAGAUGCAGAUUGAAAGCCUGAUGGAAGAGCUGGCUUAUCUCAAGAAGAACCAUGAAGAGGAACUUCAAGCCAUCCAAGCCGGGGGGCCCGGCCAGGUCAGUGUGGAGAUGGAUGCUGCUCCGGGAAUCAACUUGACCAAGCUCCUGAACGACAUGAGAGCUCAGUACGAAGUCAUUGCGGAGCAGAAUCGCAAGGAAGCCGAAGCUUGGUUCGUUGAAAAAAGCGGAGAACUCAAGAAGGAGAUCAGCAGCAAUACCGAACAGCUCCAGACAAGCAAGAGCGAAAUAACGGACUUGAAGCGCACGCUCCAAAGUUUAGAAAUUGAGCUCCAGUCUCAGCUUGCUAUGAGAAAGUCCUUUGAGGACACCUUAGCAGAAACAGAAAAUGGUUACUGCAAUCAGCUAUCCCAGAUACAGCUCCAAAUUGGCAAUCUGGAGGCUCAAGUUUCCCAGGUGAGGAGUGACAUGGAGCGUCAGAAUGCAGAGUAUGAACAACUCCUAAAUAUCAAAACCCGGCUGGAGAUGGAGAUUGAGACCUACCGCCGCCUGCUGGAGGGAGAACUCGAAGGGAAUGGUGCUGUUGAAAGUUUAACCGUGCCGGAAUCUAAUUCUCAAGCACAGUCUAUUGAUUCUUCCAAAGAUCCAACAAGAACAAGGAAAAUCAAGACAAUUGUGCAGGAGGUAGUGGAUGGGAAAAUUGUUAAUUCUGAAGUUCGGGAAAUUGAAGAAGAACUCUAA